AUGGCGGACCUUUUACCCGAAGAAUUGAUUACUGAAAUCCUCACAAGACUACCGGUAAAAAUCCUUGUACAGAUGAGGUGCGUUUGUAAAUCAUGGUGUUCUCUAAUCACUAGCUGUUAUUUCAUCAAUUCAAAACUCAAUCAAACUAUCCAUUUUAACAAAUUCAACAAUGCUCGUACACUUGUCAUCGCUCAUUACAUUAAUGGGGAAGAAAAAGGAGAAGGUCGAGUUUCAAUAAAUCUGUACGAUGAAAGAGUGGGUACAUGUCCUAUAGAAAUUGAUAGCCCAAUCCCAAACUGUGGUUCUGAUUUCCGCAUAUAUGGUUCUUGUAAUGGUUUGGUGUGUCUCACUGAUAAUGCCUUUGAUCACGUGAAUAGUUUAAUUCUGUGGAAUCCCAGUAUUAGAAAAUCUGUGAGGCUUCCAAAGCCCAGCAUUGGCAUUGAUUCGCACACUGAUACCUAUAGUAAGGUUGCUAGCGCUGAUUCAAGUGCCCCAAAUCAGGUUGUCAUUGGAUACGGCUUCGAUUCCAAAAGUAAUGAUUAUAAAGUUGUUAGAAUUGCUCGCUUACACAAUUUUCCAGAUCCUGAGGUUGGUCUUUACUCUCUUAACAAAGGAUGCUGGAGAAGAAUUUGUGUUGUUGGUCCCCAUCACCGUAUCGGUUGUAAUCCACUUGCAUCUCAGGCUUUUGUCAAUGGGGUUGUCCAUUGGGUUGGGCGCAAUGUAGAUUCUGCUUCUGAUAUUUCAAUCUUGUCAUUUGAUAUGAGCAGUGAGGUAUUCUGUGAGAUGAAGCUGCCGGGAAGUCCAGCAGAUGAUGGAUGGCUGGUGACAAAUAUAGUUGUUUCUGUGCUUGGGGAGUCACUUUGUGUGGUCCAUUUUGAUUCUUUGGUUAGCGAAGUUAAAAUAUGGGUGAUGAAAGAAUACGGUGUUGUGGAAUCUUGGAAUAAACUAAUCAGUUUUGAAGUGGAUAGUUUUUUCGGGAUGACACUUGCUUUCAGGUGGUAUGGUGACCUUCUUUUCUUUCGAAUAAAUGAUUACAUGUUUUCAAUUAACCUAGAUUCUCAAGAUCCUAGGAAUGAUGGGCUUCUUUUCUUUAAUAGAAAUCAUCACUUGUUUUCAUUUAACAAAGAGUCUGAACAAGCUAAGGAUCUUGGAAUACGGUUAUCUGGUGAUAUGAACUCAUUUUACAUUGUUAAUUACAUGGAGAGCUUAGUCUUACUUUAG